GCGAAACCCAACAACUCUCAACCAAACGCGGUAACCCUCCGCCAUCCUCAUCCUAUUAGAGCACUCGUUCAUCCAGGUCUGUACGAUGGAUGGGUAGGCGCCCCUUUUCAACUCUAAAAUAAUUAAAUUAAUAUAAGAUCAAGAUAUUCUCUCCUCUUCUGCUGAAAUUCGUGGAAGCAGUCACAGAGAGAGAAAAAUAAAUAAAUAAAUCCGACCCCUUCCAAGACUCGGAAUAUUGAUAUUUCGCCGCUCGCUGCAACCAUCCCCAACGGCAUAUCUCCGGUGAUUCUUCCAUUAUUUUAGUAGUCAGCACCUGUUUUAAUUGGUUUUAUACCGUGGACUGAGAACUCGGCUCGAGUUGCAGUAUGUGGAAUGGAGCUCAGUACAUGGGUGAAAGUUCUACCUCAUCCUCUUGGAGCAGUCAUCCGGAUACUGAGGAUGACCAGAUGAUUGCAGUUGUAUUAUCAGAGGAAUAUUCCAAGUUAGAUGGUGCAGUUGCUAGGCGCCUUUCUGCUCUUGCACCUGUUCCUCAUGUCCCACAAAUAAACACCUAUAUUCCCAGCAUAAGUGAUGCAAGUUUGGAUCAUCAACGUCUUCUACAAAGGCUCCAAGUUUAUGGUCUAUGUGAAGUGAAGGUCACUGGUGAUGGGAACUGUCAGUUUCGUGCACUUUCAGAUCAGAUGUACAGGUCCCCUGAGUAUCACAAACAUAUAAGGAAAGAUAUUGUUAAACAGCUUAAAGAAAACCGUAACUUGUAUGAAGGAUAUGUUCCAAUGAAGUACAAGAAAUAUUGCAAGAAAAUGGCAAAAUCUGGAGAAUGGGGGGACCAUGUUACAUUACAAGCAGCUGCUGACAAGUUUGCAGUGAAAAUAUGCCUUUUGACAUCAUUCAGAGAUACUUGCUUUAUUGAAAUUAUGCCACGAGGCCAGGCUCCUAAAAAUGGAUUGUGGUUGAGUUUCUGGUCUGAGGUGCACUACAACUCACUUUAUGCGAUCCAAGGUGCCCCGGCUCCAAAACCGAAGAAGAAACAUUGGUUGUUUUAACGAGCAUAAUGUUGUGGAGGUUAUACCAUUCUGUGCUGCUGAAAAAUUCGUACUAUGUACACUAUAAUAAAUAUAAAUAUAUUUUUUAACA